AUGGCCGAGAUCCGUCGCAAGCUCGUCAUCGUCGGCGAUGGUGCCUGCGGUAAGACCUGUCUGCUCAUUGUUUUCUCCAAGGGUACCUUCCCCGAGGUCUACGUCCCCACAGUCUUCGAGAACUACGUCGCCGAUGUCGAGGUUGAUAACAAGCACGUCGAGCUCGCUCUUUGGGAUACUGCUGGCCAGGAAGAUUACGACCGUCUCCGUCCUCUCUCAUACCCCGACUCACAUGUGAUCCUGAUCUGUUUCGCUGUGGACUCACCCGAUUCGCUCGACAACGUCCAGGAGAAGUGGAUUUCUGAGGUUCUGCACUUCUGCCAGGGUCUCCCUAUUAUCCUCGUCGGCUGCAAGAAGGAUCUUCGCGACGACCGCAAGACUAUUGAUGAGCUUGCCAAGACAUCCCAGCGCCCCGUCUCGCAAGACCAGGGUGAGGAAGUCCGCAAGAAGAUCGGUGCCUACAAGUACCUUGAGUGCUCCGCUCGCACCAACGAGGGUGUCCGUGAGGUCUUCGAGGCUGCCACUCGUGCUGCUCUUCUGAAGGCCGUUAAGGGCAAGGGAGGCCGCAAGCCUGGCAAGGGCUGCCUGAUUCUCUAA